AUUGUUCCUUCCUUGAAUAUCGAUUUUAAUUUUGCGGUGUUUUUUAACGAAAUUCUCAACACUUAUUCGAAGGUGUUUGUUUCUAUUGAAAAAUUUUCAAAAAAAAAUUUUCAACAAAGAAAAAUCAAUCGAAUUGUGCUCUGGUUUUGAGAUCAAAUCAAGCAAACAAUUUUUUUCUCAUUUCUUCUAAAUAUGAAAAUAUCUAAAUCUCAACAACAACAACAACUGAAUCAUCAACAGCCAUCAUCAACAAUGAUAUCAUCAAUAAUGUCAUAUUCAUCAAUGAUGAAUUAUUAUCCAUCAUCAUCAUCAAUAUCAUCAUCAAAUAAAACAAAAAAUUCAUCAUUAAUAUCAAGAACAACAACAACAAAUCGUACAACACAAAUGGCAAUGGCUUUUCUAUUAUUAUUGAUCUGUGCACAGAUUGUUACAUCAGCACCGGCAUAUGAUUUGGAAAAAUUGCGUGAUCUUUAUGAAAUAUGGUUACGACAGGAUAGUCCAACACCGUUUGUACAUCAAAUGGAACGUAAAGGUGGCCGUUCACCAACGUUAAGACUUCGAUUUGGUAGACGUUCCGAUCCAUUAUGGAAUGAUAAAAUGCCAUCAAUCAAAAACAAUCGUGACAACAUUAACAGUAUUGAAGAUACAGAUUUGGAAAGAAUGCCAUGGAAAGAAUGAAAAAAAAAGAAUAUUUAAACAAAAA